AAAGAAGAGCUGCCCCAUUGUCGCCUCUCGGUAGCCGCGGUGGGCGCCUGUGGGCAGGGGGCUCUCGGGUGUCAGCGGCGCAGGGGCAGUGAGCGUGGAGCGUGCGCAGCGGAGCGGGUUAGAGAUUGCCUUGCCACCGCCGCGGCGUUAGGAGGAGGGAUCUGCGCUUGUGCAGAAGCCUGCUCGUUGCUUUACUUUUGCAGCCCGGGGCAGGGACAUUAUGCCGAAGAGAAAGUCUCCAGAGGGUGCUGAGGGCAAGGAUGCAGCAAAAAUAACUAAACAAGAGCCCACAAGACGAUCGGCAAGAUUGUCAGCUAAACCUGCUCCACCAAAACCUGAACCCAAACCAAGGAAAACCACAAAGAAGGAACCUGGAACAAAGGCUAACAAAGGUGCUAAGGGGAAGAAGGAUGAAAAGCAAGAAGCUGCAAAGGAAGGUACUACACCAUCUGAAAAUGGUGAAAAUAAAGCUGAAGAGAUUCGCAUCUCUCGCUCAACUGUUAGUGUUUCAACAUCCAGAGGUGCCCCACCCAGCACACUGUCAGUAAAAGGGCAGAUUGAAACAGUGAAAGUUAAGGGUACGGUAGAGCAUUCUGCAUGUGUGCAGUGAAUAGAAACAGAUAGUAGUGUGGUGCUUUUCAUUAUGAACAAUGGAAGCUGGCAGGUAAGGCUUCUAUGGCUUUUGAAAAGCAGGGAUCAAUAAAUGAAGACAAGUGUGUGUGUACCUGUUGUGUCUGUAAACAUAAUACUAAAAUAGUUUGAAAUUGAGCCAUUGCAAAUAAUGCAUCAAAGGAGAAGGUGCUAGUGUGGGGGCUUUUUUUAUGUGUGGAGCAGUAACUUUUUAUAGUAAUUGUUGUUUUUUUGUUUUUUUCCCCUUCCCCUUCGCAGGCACAGAGAACUGAAUCUGUAGGUGACAAGAGCGAAUGAAUUGUCAUGAAAAUUUUGGGUUGAUUUUAUGUACCUCUUGGACAACUUUUAAAAGAUAUUUUUAUCAAGUAUUUUGUAAAUGCUAAUUUUUUUAGGACGAUGAUAGUUGACAUAUUAAACUGUAUAGGAACAUAUCCCUUCUCAUAACCAUGCUCUUAGAAAUUCCCACUGCUGCCAAGUAAUAUAAAUAUCAACUUAGCAUUGGAAGGUGUGUGUCAAAUUGGAUCAGCAUUCCAUACACUUGCUUUAAGAAAUUAAGUCUUGUGCAUAUGGUGAUGGUUUUUACUGUGUGUAUUUGAAUUUUUCAUGCAGUUUUUCUAGAGCAAUAAUCAGUGGUGCUUUUGUACUUAGGGUUUAUGUGAUUUUAAUGAAACAUGGAUAGAUGUGGCCACCUGCUGACUAUUUUGGGUUCUAUUAAUGGAUUAAAAUAAAAGGUCUCCUUGCCUGCAAAUCUACAGCCUCCUAAUGUUUUCUCUAAAUUUGAGGAAUGCCUGACUCAUUUUUUAACUAUUGUGUGGAAGACUAAAUGGUUUAGCAGCUAUUGUGUUCUGCAUGCACUACGUUUGAUGCUUUUUGCUGGUCUCUAAUAAACAUAUUUAAAUGUCCACAUAUGAGUAACAGGUCAAGAUUUUCAAUGGUCCACAUAUUAAUGGACUUCUCAAUAUGAACCAGUGUAUUCGUAUUUACUAUCACAGCUGAAUAGGCUUUGUAUUACUGUACCAGUAUAACAUACAGUGAGAUACCAAAACAGAAUGAAUUGCUUGAUUGAAGCAAAUGUACAGUAACUGAAAGGCAUGCAGGAGUAGCUUUGCUUCCUCUCUCCCUGCCCCCUCACCCCCAUCUAAUACAGGAGUUUUUAAUUUCAGCAGCUUAUUACAUGGGACUCUUGUUUCUAUCUACAGCCCCAAAUUUAACAUAAAAUAGUAAUUGCUGUUCUGCUUCAGCAGACAACAGUUGUAAAUGUAGUGCAAUUGCUGUUAAACAGCACUAUACUUGGUAUGUGGUGGAGAUGGAACAAUUAAAGUAUUUUUGAGGGGCUUGUGGUGGUGGUAAAUUAGCUAAUGAUCUUUAGUACCUAUACAUUACACCUCUCCAGCUCAUUAUAAGCGCCUUUGAUAGUUUUCUCUUUAUCCUCUUCUGGAACUCUAGUAUUUCUAUUAUUGUUUGUGGGGGGUUGGAAGGUGAGAAAGAAAUGUUCCCUGUUCAGUAACAUUUAUUUGUAUUGCUGAAGUGGUGGCCAUUAUAUCUGGGGAUACUUUUGUUUGUUUCAGUCAAUAAAUAAAUGACUGUAUUGCUUGA